AUGUGCUGGGCGCCCCAGCGAUGUGCUGCUCUCCUGCAGCCACGCCGUGCUAGCAGUCUCUCGGUUUGCUCGGCGUCAGGAAGUCUGAUCGUUAGCUCCAACUGGGCCACGUUAAGCACAGCUCGAGGCUCCGAGGUGUCCUCGCGGGAAGGGGUGUGGGGCGCGCAGGCAGAGACCGCCGAAAGACACGGAAUGCAGACAGCGCCUCGGCAUGUGCGGCGUCAGCUGCCCGGUCUUCCGUCGGCCUUGGAGGCCGCAGUCGGCCGGGGGCUCGGGGACCGGGGACCGGGGAGAGGCGCGCGGGGCAGCGGGACCCGCAGCGCGGCUGCUCCUCGGCGCGCGUCUCGGCCCAGCUCGCGUCCGACCCGACUGAAGUCGCCCCCCCUCCCCCCCCGGCUAGCUCGGGGAAGCCGAGCGUCGGAGCCUCUGCGGCCGAGGGCCCGGGCGCCGCCUUCCCCACGCCGGCGCGGCCGCUCCGAGGGCGCGCGGUGCAGCCGGAGCCGCGACGCCGCGGCGGGUGUGGUCGGUUCAGAGCCCGAGCGCCGGGGAGCCUGCAACUCCACCUUUCCCACGCCGCCAGCCCGUCACCCUCCGGCAGCCCCGCGCCCACCGCCCACUCACCCCACCACACCUGAGGAAAACUUUUCCCUCUCCUUUCAUUUCAAACUCGCUAGCGUCCACGGUUGCCGCAAACCGUCCCGUGCCUAGCAACGAGGUUCCGGCCGUAGAGCGAGCGGCUCUAGGUGUAGGAAGGUGAUGUCGUAAAGCCGCGAGUGUCGUAAACCAGUUUUCAGUUUAAAUUCUCAUCUGGCAAUUGGCCGAAAACUCCCAUCUGAAGACGUGAACAUCCAAAUGUCAGUUUGUGAUUUGGCCACUGUCUGCUUGAUGUAGGAAGGCACUAUCAAGAAAGACUAAUGGAGUGACUAUCGAAAGGAAAUCAAUGGAAAGUCAUAAACUUCCAGCGCAAGAAGAUUAUAAAGAGGUCCCUCCUGCACCAAGAAAGAUCUGCAGAUCUUUUUCAGUGUCCUGCAAGUAUGGGCUAAGAACUUGCUCGGUUUGUACCAAGCACCUUGUUCUCUCAAGCUCUGUAAAGAUGGAAUCAACAAAUUAUGGUCCAUGGGCCAAAUCCAUCUCUUUGCCUGCUUUUAUAGGGCCUACAACAUGUAAAAAUUGGAUUUAUAUUUUAAAAUUGUUCCUUAAGGAAAGAAACAGCAAAUAAACAUCAAAAAUGUUCAUCAUCACUGGUCAUUCGAGAGAUGCAAAUGAAAACAACACUGAGAUUCCACCUCACCCCAGAAAGA